UCAACCUGAACUGUUUCUACAUUCAAAAGGAAACUAAAUAAUGUAGAGACGAAACAACCUCUUUCACUGAGACUGAGAAGGGCUUCUAACAAUUAUAACAACGUGGACUCAGAAGAUAUGGACGAGAGUGAGGACAUGGAGGUUGAGGACAUAGAGGUUGAGACCAUAGACUUGACAAUGGUUGAGAUGGUUGAAAUAGACGACCCUGCACCCAGACGGACUGAAGAGUUCAGGCUGGUCCUCAUCGGAAAAACUGGAUCCGGAAAGAGUGCGUCUGGAAACACCAUCCUGUUCCUGUCACAGUUCAGCGCCAGCUCAGUCACCCAGAGCUGCCAAGUGGGGAGCACUGAGGAAGAGGAUGCUGAGGAGGAAGAUCAGACUGUCACACAGAGGAGGAUGAGGAGGAUCACGGUGAUUGACAUGCCGGGGUUUGGGGACACUCACUUAUCUGUGGAGCAGAUCUAUGCUGAGGUUGCUAAAUGUGUCUCUCUCUCUGCCCCGGGGCCGCAUGCAUUCCUGCUGGUGGUGCCAUUAGGGCGAUACACAGAGAAUGAGAACCAGGCUGCGUGCGAGUUGACCAAAAUAUUUGGUGAGGAGGCAGUCCGUCACCACACAGUGAUUCUUUUUACCAGGGGUGAUGACCUGGAACGGGAUGGCAGAGGGAUAGAAGAUUAUCUGAGUGAGACCGCACCUGCUGGGCUUAAAGCUCUGAUUGACAGGUGUGGAGGCAGGUACCAUGUGCUCAACAACAACGACCCCAGCAACUCAGCGCAGGUUAAAGAGCUCUUACUGAAGGUGGGCGACAUGGUGAGGCAGACUAAGGAAGGGUUUUAUACCAAUAACAUGUUUUUAGAAGCAGAGGCCGCCAUCAGGGAGGAGCAGACGAGGAUGUUGAGGGAGCAAGCUGAGGGGGAAGAACAGGAUAUAUAUAGGAAGCGUCACUUGGAUUCUUACAGAGCAGCGAGCAGCGAUAUAGGAUCCAGGAGGAGGGAGUUGGAGAGAGGCAGCAGGUCUGUGAGCAGGCGACAGUCUCUCCAUUCCUCUCUCACAAGGAGGGAGGCAGCGCUCUCUCCUAAGGUUCUGGAGACGAUUAAGAUCAUGGUGGUUGCGGGGGCCAAAGGCCUGUUAGUGGGGGCCGUUUUCGGGGCCGCUGUACCUUUAGCAGCCGCUGCCGGGGCUUCUUUGAUGGGGAACUCUAUUGGUUUUGCUGCAAGUAAAUUUGCCUGUAUGUCUUUCGCUGGAGGUUCAGGUGUUGGGAACGCCGUGGGGGCCAUAGUAGCAGCGGCCUCUGGGAAAACUGCAGUGGCUCUGGGGGCGGCAACGGGUGGAGCUUUGGGUGGUUCUUUCGGGGUUAUCACUGCUGCUAAAGCUGCCAGUCCUGGGGAGGGCGCUCUGGAUACCCUGGAGCAGGUUCGUCUCAUAGGGGCCUCUGCUGUGGGGGUGGCAGCAGGGGUGGGAGGCAUCUUGGCAGCUGGGGCCGCUUUAGGAGCAGCUCUGCAGGGAGCAGGUACAGCUGUAGCUAAUGCUGCUGUAGCUUCAAUAGCAGGAAGUGUAGCUCCUAGCAGCGUGGUGUCGGACCCCUGGGGGACGGUGUCCACACCCCUCCUGAGUGCAGUGGCUGAGAUCGGAAAGGCUGCAGCGGGCAUUGCCUUGGCUGGUGGUCUGGCAGUGAAGGUGGUGAAUAAAAGAGUGAGUUGUGGCACAGCAACAACAGAAGCCAGUGUCUCCGAGGAGGUGUCGUAUGAGAUCUGCUGGAACAAACAGUGA